UGGGCAGUAGACAAUGGUGUUGAGCAUCACGUGGCCAGUUCGUGUCACCAGUGCGUGUGGACUGUCAUGUCCAUGUUCCAGUCCGUUUCCAUCCCAACAGGUUUCGUGACCAAAACCUACAGCCCCUCCGAUGAGGACCUGAUUAACCCUGAACGAGGCUGGUGGAAAUUUAAGGCUACCAAAGCCUCGGACUACACCGUCCUACCGGUUUCCCGGCUUCAGACGUUCAGGAGUGAGGGCCACACGCUUAUCUUCCGGUACUACGUGCUGGACCUGUUCGUCCACUCGGACAUCAGCGCCUCCUUCCUGACUAACCUGCAGGAUGACCUGGAGAACGCCCGGGUGGCGGGAGUCAAGAUCAUCCCCCGCUUCUGUUACACGCUGACAGCGGGGGAAUCUACUGACGCCCCAUUGACCCAAGCACUACGUCACGUGGCCCAACUGAAGCCGUAUCUCCAGGCCAAUGGUGACGUCAUCGCAGUGGUACAGGCAGGCUUCAUCGGGACAUGGGGUAGGUUUAGAAAUAUAUAUAAUAUAUAUAUUCUGAAAUAUAUUUCCCGCCAGGUCUCUCAGCUAAGGCGAUACAGGAGUGAGGGACACACCCUUAUCUUCCGGUACUACGUGCUGGACCUGUUCGUCCACUCGGACAUCAGCGCCUCCUUCCUGACCAACCUGCAGGAUGACCUGGAGAACGCCCGGGUGGCGGGAGUCAAGAUCAUCCCCCGCUUCUGCUACACCGAGACAUCGGGGGACUCCGAUGACGCCUCCCUGUCACGAGCAUUACGUCAUCUGAGUCAACUGAAGCCGUAUCUGCAAGCUAACGGUGACGUCAUCGCAGUGGUACAGGCGGGCUUCAUCGGAACAUGGGGUGAGUGGUACUAUAGCGACAGCUUCAGUACCCCGGACAGUGACGGGGACCCGGUGGUGGUGACUGAUAAUGACUGGGCCAAACGUAGCACCUUGAUGGACGCCAUUCUGGAUGCAGUUCCAAACAACAGAAUGGUCCAGGUGCGAACGAUGAAGUACAAAAGGAGGCUCACCGACGACGUGUCCCCCUUGACCCAAUCCGAAGCUCACUCUGGAUCCAAGAAAGCGCGCAUCGGCCACCACAAUGACUGUUUCCUGGCCAGUGACAAAGACUGGGGCACGUUCCAGGACCUGACUGAGGACUACGCCUACCUGUCAGCUGACACCAAGUACACGGUCAUGGGCGGAGAGACCUGCAACUACAACCCUCCACGGUCGUCUUGUGCCACAGCAGAGCAGGAGUUGGCUCUCUUCCACUGGUCCUACCUCAACCCCGGCUUUAAGCAGGAUGUGACAGAUGAAUGGAAACAACAAGGCUGUUUUGAUAGAAUCGGUCGCCAUCUUGGGUACCGGUUGGAGCUUGUAUCCGGUACGUACCGGAAUGCGGUACCCCAGGGAGGGACGUUUUGCGGCAGACUGGAGAUCAGGAAUGUCGGGUACGCCGCGCCCUUCAACCCGCGGCAGGUCAGAGUCGUCCUGCAGAAGGACAGUGCCAUCGUGACGUCACUCCUGGUGACAGGUGUAGACCCACGAGACUGGCAUCCGGGUACUUUGCACUCUGUCCCCAUCUCUGUUCAGUUGCCUAGCAACCUGGCGGCAGGAAGCUAUGAGGUGUCCCUGUGGCUGCCUGACCCCAGCCCGACCAUCUCAGACCGGCCGGAGUUCAGCAUCCUCCUGGCGAACACCGGAGUACCGGACCCGCUCACCGGACUCAACAGCCUCGGUCACACACUGGAGGUGCAGCCGACUGGGUCCGACUCGUCGUCUUGCUAAUGCAGUGAUGUACUGCUGACAACGCAGACGGUGCUGUUUCCGUGACGUUGGUGAAAAUGCACUCAUACUGAUUUCGCGAUAGAAAAUAAACUGAUGUCAAUCUAA